AUGUCUACACGGUAUAUAAAAAAAGUAUACGGCGGCGAUGUGCUGACCGAGAAGGACAGCGAAAACGAGAGCGAACUAGAGAGUUCGUUGAUCGGCAACGUUAAGUCAAAGGCGUUCAACUUGUUUGACGUAUUGAAUCAAAAUUCUGAUAUUAACGAGGAAGAAAACGAAGAUGAAGAGGAAGAAGAAGAAGGAGAAGAAGAAGGAACUGCGAAUGAGAAUAGCACUGAUAAAGCUAAGCGUAAGAAAAGAAAGAAGAGACGGAGAAAGUUAGAGAAUUCUAAAGCGCAAGUUGUCGACUCCAAAGAGGAAGACGUGGAUGAGAUUGAAAGGACAGUGAAGGAAGUGAACAAAUUGCUUGGAGAACCACUUCCAGGUUGUAGCUUUCAAAAUGCAGAGAAUUCGCAGAUUGAACAAAAGUCCAAAGAGGAUAUUUUACUAGUGCAGCAUAAACACUUGAAUCCGUACAACGAACUCAAAAGAAUCUUUGGUAGCAAAACGGUGAAAGCUGAGCAAAACAAUAGAAGAAAUAGAAAUAGUCGUUUUCGUCAUUUGAAGAAAACCUGGUUGGUUUCUGCCAGAGAUAAUUGGCCACCAAUUACUAAAUUUGGUCUUUCAAUGUCCUUGGAUCAUACUAUACAGUCUACCAAUAAUGUUCAAUACUUUGUGUACGAUCACAGUCCGUCAUACAGACAAAUACAAUUAAAAUUUUUGCAAGCUGUCGAAAGUUUAAAUCCCGAAAAUAUUGUGAAUAUAAUCAAUAUGCAUUCUUAUCACAUCGAUGCGUUAUUACAACUAGCUGAAUUAUGCAAACUCAACGAAGAUUUAGCAUUGGCGGCAGAAUUCACAGAACGAGCUCUGUACUGCUUGGAAUGUUCUUUUCACCCGCUGUUUAAUUUUACGACUGGUCUGUGCAGAUUAGAUUAUAGAAAGCAACAAAAUCGUGCUUUAUUCAUAACUUUAUUUAAACAUCUUAAUUUUGUUGGUGGACGUGCGUGUUACAGAACGAGUUUGGAGUUUUGUAAAUUACUUUUGUCACUUGAUCCAGAAGGCGAUCCAUUAGCUGUGAUUCUUUGUCUCGAUUUCUAUGCUUUAAAAGCAAAAGAAUAUAAAUGGUUCAUCGAAUUUUGCAAUUUUUGGGAUAGUGCAAGGAAUUUAACGCAGCUGCCAAAUAUAGCGUUCAGUUUAGCUUUAGCUCACUUUCAUUUAGACAACGUAAUUCUCGCCAAUGAGCUUUUACAAAAUGCUUUGAUAAUGUUUCCGGGCGUAUUGACGUCGUUAUUGGAAAAAUGUGGUAUACAAUCCGAUGAAAUGGUACAGUCUCAUAACUUCUUUAACACUAAGGCAAUAAUUUCAACUUCACCAGCUCUAGAGAAGCUACAAAAUUUGUACGUUGUACGUAACUUUCUUCUGUGGAAAGAAGCAAAUUUUUUACCCUGGUUACGCGAAAACGUACACACUGUACUAAAUCGCGUUGAUUCGAAAGACGAUUAUGUAAAAUAUUGCGAGAUAAAACGAAGUAAACGUUACCAAGGGAAACUACCAAAGAAUAUUUUGCGGCAUGUUAUACUGUCUGAUAUAAAAGAUAUUACCGUGAGCGUUCAAGAGGUACAAAAUGAUGGCUCUGUUCUUUCGUACGAUCCUUUACCACCUGUGGAUAGUAUUGAUAUUUACAAACGACCUACUACCAUUACGAGCACAAGUAGAACUAGCUCUAAUCUUUUGUCUCUCUUCUUCUCCUCUUUAUUUACGGACAUUAAUGGCGAUGUUGCGGAUGCUCUUGAAGGGUUAAAUCUGUUGUGAGUAUUAAUUAACAAUUACAGUUUUAGUAGUGGCAAUAGUAAUAGAAGUAACAACAACAACAUUGGUGACAAUAAUGAUAAUAAUUAA